AUGAAAAUAAUGAAAGUUUUAAGUAUGGAAACUGAUAAAAGUGACAAAAGUCCAUAGAUAAUGAGAAAGAAUAAUGAACACUUUGUUUCUUAUAGUGUUGACGAAAAGUACACUUGUUAAUGCAAUUUAUGCAUAUCAUCGUUGAAGAAAAAGUAAUUAGAUACAAUAAUUCAGAAUACCAAAACCUUUGGAAGAACUACAGUAACUUAAAGCAAAGUCAAAUACAAAUGAUAGAGACUUUAUUUUUAUUGUGACUCGUUUAGUUUAAGAAUCAUUUGGAAGAACUCUAAACAUUUAGAUAUAGGACACUGUUUAUUUCGAGAAAGGGGAGCCUUAAUCUAUUUUAUAGAGUAUCAAAGAUGGUAUAGAUAGGCCAUUCUAAUUGAGAGUUUAGUAAUGGAAAGGAUCAUUAUAAAAAUUAAUGCAAUACAUGAAUAACAGAAGAAAGAAAAUAGCUAAUACAAAUAUGUAAUUAGAUUUAAUUCAAUUAAGUGAAAAAUAAUACUCAGCUUUAAGUAUUUAGUAAUUAAAUUAUAAAAGGUAAUGUCAAUAAGGAAUAAAUAAACAAUAUUAGUGAAAAAAGUAAGGAAGCAGUCUUGGUUAAAUUUGAUGAUGAUACAGCAUAAAUAAUGACCGAAUCUGAGUUUUUUAUGUUAAUGUCUAAAAGAAAGGGGGAUAAAUUCUGGCACAGAAUAUUUUAUAUUUAAAAUUACAUUAAGCAAAGAGCUUUUUUGACACAUAGGAUUUAAUUUAAUAGAAGAAGAGAUUCUACUCAUAAAUUAUUUGAAAGAAGUGCAAUGGAAACACGUAUUAUUAGAGGUGAAGUUAUUUCAGCAUCAACAGAAUAUAUUAGUUAAGCAAUUGAAGAUGAUUUUUUAAGAUAAUUAAAAGAAAAAAGUACUUUUGAAUACUUAAGAUAUAUUACAUUUAAAAUAAUUUAGUUUCUAGAUGUAAAUGUCUAAUAUUUAUAUAGAUACUUGAUGACACUAUCAUAAAUGAAGGUGUUUUUGAAUGGAAUUAAGAUGAUAGAGGAGAUUUUCAAUUUUUCAAUUCUUUUUAAUUAUCUUAUGAAAAAAGAGCAAAAGAUGAUAGAUUUAUUUCUCCAAAAUAACAGAAUUAAAAUAAUAAAAGUAAUGGAAUUGAUAGUGAAAGUGCAGAAGAUGAUAGAGAUAUAGAUCCUAAAAAAAUGUUUAAUAGGAAAUAUUAAUUACAAUAGAUGGCUAGAAAUGCAUAAAUAAAAUUGAAAUUAAAAUAAUAACAUUUAACAUAUAAAGAUACACCAAAAGUAAGUUAAUGGUAAACCUAUAUGUAAGAUGACUAUCAUGCCUUAUUAAAAUCAGUUGGUAUUGAUAAAAAUUAAUUUAAUUUAAAGGAGGAUAAUUAAUCAGAAUUGACUUUCAAAUAAUUACAUCCUGAAAUCUAAAUAGAUUUUCAAAAAAUAAUGAAAGAUCAAUCUUUAUUCAACAAACUAAAGAGUAAAGUUUAUAUUAAAUAAACAUUUUAGAAUAACUCUUUACAGAUAAUAACAAAUCUAAGCCUAUUUCACAAUCAAAAAUGUUAAACAGUUUCUUUUUAACCCCAGAAAAAAAACAGAGAUCCAGAACUGUUUCAAAAUAACCGAGAUAGGAUCUAAUUUCAACCCUUAAUUAAUCUUCAAUUAAGAAAACCAUAAGGUCAGUUGAUCGAACUGUGAGUGAAUUUAGGUAUGAUAUAAGCAGAAAUGGAAAAAGAUCAGCAAAGACUCUUAAUAAAAUACUUGGUUUAGCUAAUAGUUGAUUCUAUAUUAAAUGAAUCCCUG